AUGAAUGUUGCUCUGGUGUUCCGUUCUGAGAUUAUAGACGUUUUAAAUCCAAAUCAAGAUGAUGAGGCACUAUUAAUGUUACGCUUAAAACGCAACAUGAUGGAAAAAAAGCCCAUUGUUGCAGCAGAACUCUUGGAUAACCGCUUUAUGAGUCUGACUGAAAUUGAUUCAUUUCUAGAAAACGAGAAUAUGACCAGAUCAUCCUUCCUUUCCUCAUACAUAAGAGAAGUCAUGAAUUUCAAUAACGAGCCAGAAGCUUUAGCCGAAAAUGCUGGCAAUACAAGCACCAGUAAUGUAACCGAUACAUCAUUCUUGCGUAAACUGUCGAGAAAACAUAGUAUUAGUUCAUGCCAAGGGAUUCAAGGUAAUCCAAUAGAGCAAGAAUGUUGGCGUUACUUAGCUAGUGCUGAUUCACUACAAAACCAAAAGAUGGAGAUAUUUUAUCUUCACCGACAUCGACUUCAUUCAUUCGACUUCAUCGACACCAUCAUCGUCAUCGUCAUUGUCAUAGUCAUCGAAUUCGUCAUAGUCAUCAUCAUCAUCAUAUUAUCAUCAUCAUCAUCGUAA